UGGAACCACGGGUAGAACCGUGGACCCGCCGCCAGUACCAGUUGGACGGACGAUCGCUUAUUCAGUACUUCGUCUACCUUCUGUUUGGUGCAGGUAUGCCGACUUACCUUCUCGUUGACCCGGACAAACACGGUUUUUGAUUCGUGUCGAACGUUUUUUCUCGCUUGAAGGACUGGUUUUUGGUUGACUGAAAGUGAUUUGGUGGUUGUUGUUUCAGAGAUUUUUAUAGUUUGGGAUUUAUAUUUUGGAUAGGCGUUGUCUAAAGGUUCGUAUCAAUUUGUCUUCGGGAGAGCUUCCAAAGUGUUGUUACCAAUAAAUCGUAAACGCCGCCAGCUAAAUUCUAAUUUAUCAAUCCUAACUAGGAUGAUCACCUGAAGAUGACUUCAAGUCGCACAGGACAGGAUGGCGUAGUAAAUUGCCGUGUUAAGCUCAACAACAUCAUCGCUAUUAUAGUCAGAAAAGAAGGCUGUCAAGGAGAUCCAGGGGAUUUUUGGAUGUACGAAAAUGGGUACCUCUUGUUCCAGGGAUUACUUUCGGCGAAUUCAGUCUGCUGGUGGAAUAACGCCUUAAAUGGGGCCACCAAAAGCCUGACUUAUUAUGGUUACGUGAAUCCAGGAGCUUUGCUGGUAGGAUCAGAACCUUGUGCUCUUGAGGUGCUCAGAAAUGCUUGGGCUCGAAGAGUGCUGCAACCACCACCGGGGUAUCAAAUCGUUGCUUUAGAGGAUAUCGAGCAUUGUAGCGCAACUUCAGUGCUUCAGACGCAAUGGACUCCACUUCCAGAAGCCGUAUGUGCAGUAGUUUUAAGACUAUCUAGUCAAGGAAGACCGGCUGGGAUUGAAACUAUUCGAGAAGCCUUAAUAUUGGCUUUUCCUCAUGUCUCACCUCCAAGCGAGCAAACUUUGUACGACACUUUGGUUCAGUUGACCAAAGAACGAAAACUCUACAAUACCUCUAGUGGAUAUUACAUUGUAACACCUGAAAGGAAAAGAUCCAGAAGCCAGUCGAGAACCCGGACACGAAGAGACCAAGACAAUGGCUUUGAUUUUCCCGUACCCAACAAAACAAUGCUCAUGUCUACAGAAGAAGCGAUGGCAAUGGUUCAUGGCGAUAUGAGCACUCUUAGAGAUGGAAAUGUUACUCAUCAGUGUAUCCAAACCAAUUUGGCUGAUGUAAUCUGUGGCGGAAAUGCUAGCGACAAAAUCAUGUACCCGCGAACGAAAAGAAGGUCAUCGUCCUUUCCAGCACACCGAAGUCCAGAUCGUCGAGGUUCGUUCCGUUUGUGGAGCUCGAACAGACGACUAAGACGAUCGGCUUCGACCAGAACGAUUCACAAGCAUUACGCUGAUACUAGCAGUAGUACGGAAUAUCCGAAUAGCGGAGAUUCUACACCAACACCAAAAAAAGAGUCACUUCUAUCAAGGAUAUUCCGAAGAUCCAAACGCUCGCAAUGCCAGAUUGGGACCUUCAGCGCCCAGUUUCCGCCCACCGAGUGGUUCAAUUCCAAAGCCGUCCAUCUGCAUAGUGUUGGCACGCAAACUGCAGCUGAAAAGGACUCAGGAAUCGACAUUUCGGCCUAUUUGGAGACCUGCGAAAUCAGCGCCAGAUCAGCUUCACUUCCACGCCAUCAUCGCAGGCAGCUAUCCAGCGACGUCACUCUACCCACAUCCCUAACAGCUUCAAGGGAAAACUCGCCGUUAUCCAGAUUUCCUUCUUCCUAUUCCAGCAGCACUUUGCCAAGAAAGCACGGGUUGAGAAGCAGGGACAGUUCGAGAAAAGCGAGCCGGUCCAGUUUGGGAAGACCUUCGUCUAACAGCACUGAAGCUAAAGCUGAAGCUGGUCCAGCAAAGGACAAAUCCAGUGCUAAUUCACCCAAGCCAGACAGUGCCAAUGGGGAACAAUACAAAACUAGUCAGAAACACACUGCUUACGAGGCAUCUGAAAGCGCUGGAUCAGCUUCACCAAUCAAGCACUUAUCAAGCAUCGAUAACAGUGGGCCGAGCAGUAUAGAGUCCCAUAAAAGCAGCCGAACGGGAAGUUCUUUGACCAGCGGUCCCUCCAGCUUGGAAAGCCAUAAAACCGUCAUCAACCGAAACGCAACUACAGACUUGAUAAAGCCCGAUGGAAAGUCUCUGAAGAGGCAACUGAAAAAGGAUGUAAAGCGAACAAAAGUGCUGACCAAAACCAAUGGAACCACAGCAGGGAUGAAUCACAGCAACUCCUUCACUCUUGAAGUUACCACGAAGCAGAACGGCGUGACUAUCGGCAACACUAAUGCAACAGCAACUGCAACUAUCAACACGGGAAACGCUGCAGGAGGAAACACGAAAAUUUACGUACAAAACUCUCCAGUGAGGUCGGUGAUUACCUUUGAAAAUGGGCGAGAAUCCCACAAUCCGAAUGUGGUUGUUAUUAAUGGGGAUGUUCAUGCUGAGACGCAGUCAAGAUCUGCAGUUUCCGAGCAGGAAAAGCCCGCGAAAAAUACCAACAAGGAUUCACAAGUCAGUUUGAAUAACAUCAAGGAAGACGCGGUUAACAACGAAAGUAUGAACAACAGCAGGAAGCUUUCGCUGCAGUUGCCAACGAAAGACAGUCUGAAUUUUGAAAACUUGAUUAAAAACGACGUGUCUUCCCAUAACCAGUAUAUUUCCAGCUCGAAUCCGGACUCGCCAGUAGCCAAUUCUUUCAGGGAUUUUUCUCUAAAGAACUCGGUUUACAGCAGUAACCCAUCCAGCCCGACGAAGAGCUACGAAGGGUUUCCGUUAAGCAAAUUUUUCAAAAACGACGUCACCACAGUGGACAGCAAGAUUUUGGACAAGAAUUUCAUCGGUUCGGAACCGAAUAUUUACUACAAAGACAUGCCAUCUCCCAGAGAUACUCCUAAGCAACAGUUUCCUAGCCUAAGCGAUUUGUCUUUUAACUUCACCAGUUUGGCUGCUCAAAAAAUCUUAAAAGGGGUCAGUAUUAAUAGUGUGGACACUCUGGUAGAGUUAAGUAUGGCGGCGAACAAUAUGGAAAAACAGAACAACUGCGAAGUGGUACGCACGGAUUUUGGGCUCUUUUAAAACUGGGGAAAAUAUUCGAGGGUUGGUAGUAGCUAAUGGAUUUUGGGACCGUAUUAAAGCGCGCCGUAAAUUCAUUAACACCAUCGUAGUUGUCCAGUUAACUUGUGGUAGAAAGUCCAGUUCAGUUCAUCCAAACUCAUACAUACUAUGUCAACUUUCUGAUGGAAAGUUUGCGUUAGGAUGUAACGAAAUUAACAAUACGAGUAUAGAAUAACCACUGCAGAGUUUGUAACUAAUACCUUAGAUAUUACAGGUCAAUUUUUGUAAUAUUUUGUAUAUUUAUAAUAAUUUGUGUAUGAUACAAAACAUUGUGUAAACAUAGCCAUUAUGUACAGAGUAUUAAUAAAUGUUUGUACAAUU